AUGGAAUCAUCACAGAUAUACUUAUCCUCAUUAUACCACCGAUUACCAACUACAUCAGCAUUUGAUGCAUUAACAUCAGAUCAUACUUUAUCAUUUAUUAGUUCAUCUAUAUCAGCAUUAGAUAGCAUUUUUGGUGGAAAUGGCUUUAAAACAGGACAAAUUACAGAAAUAUCAGGGCCUCCAGGCUCUGGAAAGACAGCAAUAGCAUUACAGGCAACAAUCAAUUGUCUUAAAAAAAAAGAAAAAAUAUUAUGGAUAGAAACCUUUCAACCUUUUCCAAUGCAUUCUUUAAAAAAGGUUAUAACACAAAGCAAAAAAAAAAAGACAAAAUUGAUUGACUAUACUCAUGAAGAAAUAAAUCCAUUGAAUUAUUUAACUAUUCUUCAUGCACCAUCUCUUAAUAAUCUUAUAGCACUUUUUUUACAUAGUUACAAAACAAAUUCAAAAGAUUUGAUUCAGCAAAAGAAAUUAAUCAUUAUAGACGAUAUAGCUACUCCUAUCAUUGCAGCAUUUCCCCCAGACAAUGUUGAAAAUCAAUCUCGAAAUUCAACACAUGAUUUAACACAAUUAAAAAAAUCACAAGUUUUAACAAAUCUUUUAUUAUCAUUUAACAGAAUAGCUGCUAAAAACAAUGCCUGCAUACUAAUUCUAUCUAAAAUGGUUAUAAAAAUAAACAAUAUAAAUGGAAAAGAAUGCGCUAUUUUAUCAUCGCCUUUAAGCUUAUCAUGGUCCCAAAAUUGUCCAAAUAAAAUAAUAUUAUUACGAAAAAAUGUAGAUAUUUUGGAAAAUGAAAACAACCUAUAUAAUAAUAAGCAAGUACGUUUUAUUUAUAUCCAAAAAGUUGGAGGUGUUACAAUAAAUUCAAAUAGCUUAAUACCAUUCAUUAUUUCAGAUGAAGGCAUUAUUAAUAUAACAAAUGAUUCAAAUAAUGUAUUAAACACUUAUCAAAUUGAAUCUCAAGACAAAGUAAAUAACAGAGAUGAAAAUGAAUGUAUUAACUAA